CUCGGUGAGCGUAGUUGUUGGAGCGGCGGAGGUGGAGGAGCAGUUGUCCGCACUCUGGGGUGCACUCAGGUCCUCAUUCCUAGGCUCCUGUGUCUUUUGGGAGUGAAACACAUCCCUGGGAAGCUGACAGGAAGAUGGGCAACCAGCUCGGUGUGGGUGGGAAUCUUGCUUCUCUAAGGGAAGGGGCUCCGUGACCCAGUGAGCUGUUAGGGAACUGGGCCUGCUCCGCCCAGGAGCUCCACAAAGGAGAAACCACUACCACCCAUCCCACUGAAAAAACGGCAGAUGCUAGCUAGCUGCCUUUGAUCAAGGGUGGGAACUGGUGAUCACAGCUCAAGUCCAGGGUCCAAGUACCACUGCAUUAAAAGGCAUCUGGCCCUUUAAAAACUGGAGCUUGCCUUCUGUGCGUGAGCAUCUGCGUGUGAGCGUGGCACAAGACUUGAAAUUGCUUUGAAGGUGAGGACAUCCCCUCCCCCACCGCCAGCCACCACCACCAGCCACCUACAUCGUCCUCAUCAGCCCCUCCCCAUCAGUGCCUCCACCAACAUCACCCGGCCUGACUCCUGCUUCACUUGGUGUAAAUGGCUGAUAAGCAGAUCAGCCUGCCGGCCAAGCUCAUCAAUGGUGGCAUCGCUGGGCUAAUCGGGGUCACCUGCGUGUUCCCCAUCGACCUGGCUAAGACACGGCUGCAGAACCAGCAGAAUGGCCAGCGCAUGUAUGCCAGCAUGUCUGAUUGCCUCAUCAAGACCAUCCGCUCCGAGGGCUACUUCGGCAUGUAUAGGGGAGCAGCAGUAAACCUGACCCUGGUCACCCCGGAGAAGGCCAUCAAGUUGGCAGCUAAUGACUUCUUCAGACACCAGCUCUCUAAGGAUGGACAGAAGCUGACCUUGCCUAAGGAGAUGCUGGCAGGCUGCGGGGCCGGCACCUGCCAGGUGAUUGUGACCACCCCCAUGGAGAUGCUGAAGAUCCAGUUGCAAGAUGCAGGCCGCAUUGCUGCUCAGAGGAAGAUUCUGGCUGCCCAGGCUCAGCUCUCAGCCCAGGGAGGUGCCCAGCCCUCGGUAGAGGCUCCAGCCCCUCCUCGGCCCACGGCCACCCAGCUGACCCGUGACCUGCUGCGGAAUCAUGGCAUUGCUGGCCUCUACAAGGGACUGGGGGCCACGCUACUCAGGGAUGUUCCCUUCUCCAUUGUCUACUUCCCCCUGUUUGCCAACCUGAAUCAGCUGGGCCGCCCAUCCUCUGAGGAGAAGUCGCCUUUCUAUGUGUCCUUCCUAGCAGGCUGCGUGGCUGGGAGUGCAGCCGCUGUGGCCGUCAACCCUUGUGAUGUGGUGAAGACUCGGCUCCAGUCCCUUGAGAGAGGUGUUAAUGAGGACACUUACUCUGGGUUUCUGGACUGUGCAAGGAAGAUCUGGAGACAUGAAGGUCCCUCAGCCUUCCUGAAAGGCGCAUACUGCCGUGCGCUGGUCAUUGCCCCGCUGUUUGGCAUCGCCCAGGUGGUCUACUUUCUGGGCAUUGCCGAGUCCCUGCUGGGGCUGCUGCAAGAACCCCAGGCCUGAGCCCAUGGCUGCUUCUCUCCAGCCUAUGGGCAGGGGCCAGAACAGGGUGACCAGCACAAGCCUGAGGAGGAGUGGUCUCUCCCCGGUCCUCCUCAUUAAGAUGGGAAGGCAAGGGGAGGGUGCAGGGUCCACAUGGGUGAUGCACACAUAAGCCCCUGUGUGGUCCUGAAGGGACAACAAAUUGGGAUCAAGGUCUUAUUUAUGUAGAAAAUGCAGAAAUCUGUACAUUCCUCAAGCCAGUUCUGUCCCAUCCUUGUACCUCAACCCAGUCCCACCUGGCCUGAACACCCCAUGAGACAGAGCUGGUCUCUGGGCUGGGGCCCCCAGGCCUGGUUUGGGCAGGCAGACCCUACCCUGUAGUCCACUGGCUCUGGUCUCUGAGGCUCUCCUGGUCUACAUAGGGGACCCACACACACCCAGAAUUAUUUAUUGAAUUUUCCGUGCCCAUGUGGCUCUCCUGUCCUCCGUCCAUCAGUCUUUGCCCCUGCUGCUCUUCCCACCUCAUCCAGGACCCCACUCUGCCUCCCCAGCCAGCCUUACAGGAGGCCUGGAGGGUCUUAGCCUCAUGUCAAGCUAGGAUUCCUAGGCUGGGUAUGUUGCCGUAAUCAGGUGUCAUCCCAGGCACCCCACACAUCCACUUCCCGCUGAGCCUUUGGACCCCCACCAUGUGGGACCCAGGUUGCUUGAGGUCUUUGUGUGCCUGCGGUGGGCAGUUGCUCCCCCACCCCCAGCAGUCAGCUGGCCAGGCUGCUUAGGGAUGGGGACCCAUAAGGGUACAGCUGCCUUUUCCCGUGGAGUCAGCCACCCUGUGCUUGUGUGCUGUUUGUGCCUCAGGACUCUUCUGCUGACCCCGUCCAAUAAUUUAGUUCUCCAGCUUGGUGACUCUUCUGAUAGAGCCCUACUCCUGGACAGAGAUUGCUUUUGGGAGGUGGAGUGGGGGCUUGAAGGUCAGGCAUGAAGGCCAGUUUAGCGUCUGGGCCUCCCAGCUCUCUGGGCCUCUGUCCAUGUUUGGAAAGCCCCACCCCUACAGCCCUGGAUCCUCUGUUCAGAAUCAAAGCAGCCCUUCCCUGCCCCGGCCAUGUGAUUGUGUUUGGUGAUUGACUGAAGUGCUGGUGCUGUGUCCCUCAAGCCCAACCCCCUCCAUGGAGGCCCCUUCCCAGUGACACUACCUGGGGCUCCAGUCUGGGCUGCCCCUAGUUCACCGUUGCUCCUGGGAGCCACCCCUCCUCUUACGUCUGUACCUUGAAAGCUGCUGCUGCUGCUUACAGAAUUAUAUUUUUUUCUUUUGAAGAGUUUUAAGAAGUUGUAACUUUUUGUGUCUUGUCAUGUAAAAAAUAAAUAAAUAUUCUAAAUAGA